AUAUGAUGGGUCACUGUGUUGUGUGUGUGUAAGUGUGUGGGUUUUUGAGAGAUGGGAGGGGUGUAUUUACAUAGAGCACUAAGCACCUGGACCGCCUCUCCGUGUCUUGGGCCAUAAAAAGAGUGAAGCAUCUCACUGUUCCCUCAGACACACUUACCCUUAAAGCACAUUCACACACUCUCACACACAUUUGCUGGUAAACUUUUGCAAAGAUGCCGUGCCUCACCGCCGUCCGCCAACAGAGGCUCAGAAUGCCGAGCUCUUUUAAGUCAAUGCUGGAGAAAGUUCACAUGGUGGACCAAAUUCUGUCUGAGUUCCAGUUCAGUAAAGAGGAGCUGAAGGAGAUUAUGAGACGGAUGCAAAGGGAGUUGAAUCGAGGGCUUCGCGUUGAAACACAUGACGAAGCCAGCGUUAAAAUGCUGCCCACUUAUGUCUGCUCCACUCCUGAAGGCUCUGAGGUUGGAGACUUCCUGGCUUUAGACCUGGGCGGCACUAAUUUCCGCGUGAUGCUGGUGAUUGUGGGUGAGGACGAAGAGAGAGGCUGGAAGGUGGAGACCAAACACUGCAUGUACUCCAUUCCAGAGGAUGCCAUGACCGGGACCGCGGAAAUGCUAUUCGACUACAUUGCAGAGUGCAUAUCCGACUUCCUGGAUAAGCACCACAUCAAACAUAAAAAACUUCCUCUGGGAUUCACAUUCUCGUUUCCAGUCCGGCAUGAGAACCUGGACAAGGGAAUCCUACUGAACUGGACUAAAGGGUUCAAGGCCUCUGGCGCAGAAGGCAACAACAUUGUUGGUCUCCUCAGAGAUGCCAUAAAACGAAGAGGGGACUUUGAGAUGGACAUAGUUGCCAUGGUGAAUGACACGGUGGCUACAAUGAUCUCCUGUUACUAUGAGGACCGGAGCUGUGAGGUUGGCAUGAUAGUGGGGACGGGCUGCAACGUGUGCUACAUGGAGGAGAUGCACUCUGUAGAGCUGGUGGAAGGAGAGGAGGGGAGGAUGUGUGUGAACACAGAGUGGGGAGCGUUCGGAGGGAACGGAGAGCUGGAAGACUUUCGUUUGGAAUACGACCGAGUGGUGGACGAGUCAUCGAUCAACCCCGGGAAACAGCUCUAUGAGAAGCUAAUCAGCGGGAAGUACAUGGGUGAGGUGGUGCGUCUCCUCUUGAUGAAGUUGGUGAAUGAAAACUUGCUCUUUAACGGAGAAGCUUCAGACCUGCUGAAGACCCGGGGCAGCUUCGAGACUCGCUUUGUCUCCCAGAUUGAGAGUGACACAGGAGACCGGAAACAAAUCUACAACAUCCUGAGCUCACUGGGGGUCCUGCCAUCUGAGCUGGACUGUGAUAUUGUGCGUUUGGCCUGUGAAAGCGUGUCCACUCGUGCAGCACAGAUUUGUGGAGCCGGACUCGCUGGAGUCAUUAACGUCAUGAGGGAGCGUCGCUGCUUGGACGAGAUGAAGAUCACUGUGGGUGUGGACGGCUCGGUUUACAAACUCCACCCAUGGUUCAAAGAGCGGUUUCACAAAGUCGUCUGGGACCUGGCGCAUAACUGCGACAUCACCUUCAUCCAGUCCGAAGAAGGCAGUGGCCGAGGAGCUGCGCUUAUCUCUGCCGUAGCCAGUAAGAUGGCUGCCCGCACGAUAGAGCCAUGAUGGAAAAUCUGAAAUCAUGUUGUGGCUUGUGAACUCACCUUAGCUGCAGGAUCUUUGUGAUGAUGAAGGAGGAUCAUCUCAUCUGGAGCUCGCUUCGCACCCGGUGUGCAUUUCUGACUGCGGGAUUUGCCACACGAAGCGUGCGGCUAUAUUUUGGCGCCCCACAUCAGACCUUUAUGUACAUAUCUGGUUGUUUAUAUAUCUGCUUUCUGUGCAAAGAGAAUGUUAAUAAGUAUAGAACAUCUAAAUAUUGAAGCUAAGAUCACCUUUGAGCUAUAAUCUUAACCCAGAGACCAGUGUAGAUGUAUUUUGUGUUUUGGUUAGUCCAUAAUUCUGUUCAUAUGUGCUUUUUGCUUAUUUUAUUUAUUAUUAUUAUGAAAUGUGUUUGCAUCGUGUUGUAAUACAUACUUUGUUUAGCUAUAGUGUUCUACAGUAGAGGAAUCAACAAUGUAAAAAUGCUUAAUUUGUGUAAAUAAAGUUACUGUAUUAUACAUUAA